GAACCAAAGAGAAUUCAAGCCAUCGAUGGCACCCAAGCGCUCAACAAAGAAGAAGCUAGUCGGAACCGUCGUCAAAACCACCAAGAAAUUCGUCGAGGAGACCGUCAAAGUCUCCGUCGAAGACAACGGCGUCCUUGAUGGCCUAGGCGAAACACAAACCCAACAAGACUCCCAGCCCAUUCAAGCGUCCAGCAUCGUCGAAAUUGUCGCCAGGGACGAAGAAGCCCGGGAAGAACCCAAGCCCGAAGAACCCAAGAAAGUAAAAUCAAAGAACAGCAAAGCCCAAGAAGAGCAAAGAGAGCCCACUGACGAGAAGGCGAAACCAAAGGGCAGACAGGCCCAAGAAGCCCGAGUCACGGCCCAGGGCAAGACCCAGAAGGGGAGGAGGAGGAGGAGGAGGAAUUUUGCCGGGGGAGAGUAUACGGAAGUCCAGGGGAACUACAAGAGGUACGUUUUUAAAGUCUUGAAGCAGGUGCACCCGGAGCUAGGGAUGUCGUCGAGGGCGAUGACGGUGAUCGAUGCGAUGAUGAACGACAUGUUCGAGAGGAUCCAGUUUGGGUUUUUCUUUAAUGCAUUUUUCUUGUGUGAUUUGGUGAUUGACAAAGUUUUGUAUAAGAGAUUAACAGCAGAAAUUCAAAAGCUCACAUUGAAUCUUCAGACAUAUCGACAUUUAGCUAAAAAUUGA